UUACAGAGCUCCAAGAGAAGCUAUGGUUUAAAAUUAUCCCAUAGCAAUAAAUUGAACCAAAGUUAGAGCACUUUCCAUUUUCAACCACAAGUCAGAAACAUUCUCCAUUCAUGUCCCAAACAUUUUCAUCCAUAAAAAAGUAUAGUAAUAAAACGGUUGUAAACCAUGACUAUGUCUGAUGAUCAUUGCCAAAUAGGACACCAACCCCGACAUUAAAGGGUGUCCUUACAUCAAGUGGCACCCCACCUCUUUAAGAACCAAGUUCCACACCCUUUGACCAAUCUGCAAUCUCAGUGCAACUCAUCCAAACCAAACAAACCAUAAGGAACUCAUUCAUUGAAACAAGACAUUAGUAUAAUUUGUUAUUCUUACAUUUGUGUCUGUCUAACCAACCACAAUGGCUGAUGAUCCUCAAGACGUGGCUGACAGGGAGCGCAUUUUCAAGCGUUUUGAUGCGAACGGCGAUGGUCAAAUCUCUUCAGCUGAGCUCGGAGAAGCACUGAAGGCACUUGGAUCAGUAACAUCAGAAGAGGUGCAAAGGAUGAUGGAAGAGAUUGACACUGAUGGAGAUGGCUAUAUUUCACACGAAGAGUUCACAGAAUUUGCAAGGGCCAACCGUGGCCUAGUCAGAGAUGUUGCAAAGAUUUUUUAACUUGAUUCAUUAACCACCAUCCUAUUGUAAUUAAUUAAUUAAUUAAUUCAAUUUCGUUCUUACUUCCUUUGUUCUGUUCUAUUGCAUGUUGUCACCAAUGAGAAGAGAAAACAGCUU